AUGCCGACCGCAGCAUACAAAUGGCUGCCCAAGCCCGCGGUCCUUGGGCCGCGUCGUCUUAACACCCGUCUCACCACCCUGCCCGCUCCGCACGACUCUGGAGAGUUCCACACCCACGGCGGCUCUCAGCCACUGACCUGGCGCGACUCUUGUCUCCCUUCCCUUCGCGCGCCAUCGAUGGCACGUGUGUCUGAAGGGCCGGGCCUUCCGUCUCCUGAGUCAGAAGUCACCGCGAGCACGUACACCGGCGCCAUCACCGGAACAACCUACUACCAAGCCACCCAGGUCUCGCUCGCUACCUCCACCCGCAAGUCCGGUCCCCUGCGCCGCGGCACGCCUCACCCGGGCGCGCUCAUCGCGAACGAGGUCGACGCGCCCGAGGGCUACUGGCUCGACAGCUUCGACGCCCCCGUCGUCGCCCUCGAGGACCUCACGGCCAUCACGACGGCCCCCCUGCGCCCGGCGCUCGCUCUGCCGGCUCCAACCACCCCCUUCGCCAGCGUGCGCGCGCGCCCCGCGAAGGCCCCGAAGGGACCCCGUCUCCAGCGCUCGCGCUCCUCGAGCGGCUCGAGCGCGACCUCCGUCUUCUGGACGCCGGACUCCUCUCCCCUGUGCUCGCCUGUCGCGACCACCCCGACUUCGUUGGCGGACGGCCGCGCAGUCGCCUGCCCCACCACCUGCCCGGCGCCCGGCGCCAUCCACCUCCCUCGUGCCGCGCCGUCGCGCCGCUCGCCUUGCGCGACAUCGAACGUGCGCCGCAGCACCCCGGGCUACGAGGUCGUCGCGGGGCCCAUUGCGGUCCGGGUCCCGAUCGAGUUCGCGGCACCGCACCCGCGCCGCCUCCCGCCCGCAUGGCUCUUUGAUUAG